GCGCGUUGAUUGGCUGCCAAGACCUAUCUCUCAGCCUUGCGACACAUCUCACUAACUCAAACUUGGGCAGCUUCACUCCAACAAGACGGCAAUUCGAGCACCCUUCGGUCAAACCUGAUGUUUACCCACCUGUAACACAUACAGCUUCCUGUCACUACCUUUCCGUGUUUUGUCCGAAACUAUGACCUGAUACAGCGCAAAAAACCAAUCCAACGCCAUGGGUCCCUUCUCUUUAAAGAACGUCUAUAGCCUCGACACCCUCGACACGCGGUUUACCACCCCAUCCUCCGUCCCAUACAAGUUUACAGCAGACGCUCGAGAUGGGAAAGCGAAGAGAGAGGCUUCCAAUAAACCCGACAAAAAGACCCAAGGAUCAAAAUGGGGAACGCCAGAAUUUGUCCUCUACUACCUGGUCUUCUUGGUGACGGUGCCUCGAAUGUUCUGGAUAGCAUACGAUGUUUCAAGAUCAUCUGAUCCAAGAUACCCCAAGUAUAAGCACUUCCUCUCCCCAGGCUGGAUCCCGGGCCGACAGAUCGAUGUGUCAGAUAACCAGUAUCACACGUUCCGGUCCAACCUCCCCUAUAUGGCAACACUCCUUGUCGCCCAUCCCCUACUUCGCCGGGCCUGGAAUGCAGCAUUUCCGCUCCCCAGUGUAAAUGGCUCGAGCAGGCCAACUCCCCAGACCGCAGAGGCCCGACUGAACCAGCGAGCGUCGUUCGACUACAUCUUUGCCCUUUUCUUCCUCACUGUACUCCAUGGUUUCUCGGCACUUAAGGUGCUUGCCAUCCUCUAUAUCAAUUACGGCAUCGCAACGAGACUCCCGAGGCGACACGUGCCCUGGGUAACUUGGGUUUUCAAUAUCGCUACUCUGUUUGCGAACGAAUUGACCGACGGCUAUAAGUUCCGAGACAUUGCGAAGCUCGUUUCUGGACCGCCGGGGCCAGAUCUAGUCUCUGACCCAGGCGCUUUAGUCCGCCUUGGGACCUGGUUGGACAGCUAUGGAGGGAUCAUGUCUCGGUGGGAGAUUCUCUUCAACAUUACCAUACUGCGGCUCAUUAGCUUCAACCUGGAUUACUACUGGAGUCAAGAUCGAGGGAGCAGUAGUCCGAUCGAGAAGAAGCAGCUUGACCCUGCGAACCUCUCAGAGCGUGACCGUAUUACAAUCCCCGCCGCAGCCUCGGACUUCACCUUCAGGAACUACCUGGCCUAUGCCGUCUAUGCUCCUUUGUAUCUCACGGGGCCCAUCUUGACCUUCAACGAUUACAUCUCGCAGCUUCGAUAUAAGCCAGCAAGUAUCGAGAAGCCCCGCACCAUUCGGUACGCUAUCCGCUUCCUCCUCGUCCUCCUGGCCAUGGAGGUGAUCCUGCAUUACGACUACGUCAGCGCGAUCAGCAAGGCAAACCCCGUCUGGUCGAGCUACACUCCUUCCCAGCUCUCACUCCUCUCCUACUUCAACCUGCACAUGAUCUGGCUCAAACUGCUUAUCCCCUGGCGGAUGUUCCGCCUGUGGGCGCUCGUCGACGGUAUUGACCCACCGGAGAACAUGCUCCGCUGCGUCAGCAAUAACUACUCGGCUGUGCUCUUCUGGCGCGCCUGGCACCGCAGCUACAACCGCUGGCUCAUCCGGUACAUCUACGUGCCGCUGGGGGGGUCUGACUUCCGGUCCUGGCGCACCGCCGUGCGUUCCGUGGCCACCUACCUGCUCGUCUUCACCUUUGUCUCCCUCUGGCACGACAUCAAGCUGCGCCUGCUCAUCUGGGGCUGGCUGAUCGUCCUCUUCAUGGUCCCCGAGUUCACGGCGAGGUACCUGUUCCCGGCCCGGAAGUGGGAGAGCCGGCCGACGGCGUACCGCAUGAUAUGCUGUGCGGGAGCCGUGGGGAACGUGAUCAUGAUGAUGGCUGCCAACCUCGUCGGGUUCGCCGUUGGCCUGGAUGGUUUGGAGAGCAUAGUGAGGGGAAUAUUCCAUGAUUUCUCUGGCAUCAUCUUCCUCGUCGCGGCUUGCUCGGCGCUGUUUGUGGGUAUUCAGGUCAUGUUUGAGAUCCGGGAAACGGAGUUGAGGAAGGGGAUAUCCUUGAAGUGCUAGGCGGAGCACCACCCAUCUUUGUACCAUGAGACAUGGUCGCGCAUAGAUAUUCCGGGUUGGCGGGUUUUCAUAUUGUAGUUUUGACAGGCGGUUUAUAUGUGCCCAUAGAUCAUUACACUUGUUAUAUAAUGAUGAUAUUUAUUUCCGUAUUGAAUCAUAGAGGCGCCAAAGACUACAGCCCCUAUACACGCUGCUCGCAAUUGGUUGACGUUGUCUUCAAAGAUGCUGGAAAUAUCCGUUGGAUUGAAUGAUA